AUGGUCCCCCCCCACUUGGCUCCUGAGGUGGGUCCCUUCCCCCUCCUCCCCCCUCAUCCUUCCCCUUCAGUCCUAAAAGGGAGGGCAGGGUCCAGACGCCCUCCCCUGGGAAUUUCAGGUAUGCCCUGUCCCGGGGAGACGCACUUGGCUUCCCAUUUAGACCAAGAUGGUUCGCAUACUUCUGUGAUGAAGGGGCGUGGGGGCAAGGAGCUGGAACUAUCUGUAGAGAGAGCUCGCGUCUCUGCUGUUUGUAAUCCUUGGCUCUGGAUUCCAGGAGGACAGCUUCCCCGCUUGCGUAUGCGUUGA